CCUCUGCCCGCUUCUAGACCGGGGGGUGGGGGGUGGGAGGAGGAGCAGGGAAGAUGCGGCCGGAGGAGGAGAGGGCCGCCGCACAGCAGCCCAUUUUGGGCGAAGAAGGUUCGGGACGAGAGCAGCGGCCGAUCCGGCAGUCGGCGGCGUCGUCCCUGUGCCGGGAGUCCCACUGGAAGUGCCUCCUCCUGACCCUCCUGAUGUACGGCUGCUUCGCCACGCUCACCUGGUGCGCCCUGUGCCGCGUGCCCGUGCUCAGCUCGUCGCCGGUGCGCGCGGCCGCCGCCGACGGCAACUCCACCUCGGCCGCCUUCUACAGCGACGUCCGACGCCUGGAGAGCCCGUGCUCCAGCGGCUACCUCUACAUCCCGCUGGCCUUCCUGGCGAUGCUUUACGUGGUCUACCUGGUGGAGUGCUGGCACUGCUUCUCCAAGACGGCCGUCUUGGCUCACGCCGAAUUCCAGGACGUGUACGAGCGGGUGCGGCGGCUCCGGCAGGCCACGCCCUGCAUUUGGUGGAAGGCCAUCAGCUACCAUUACGUGCGGAGAACCAGGCAGGUGACGAGAUAUCGCAACGGAGACGCGUACACCACCACGCAGGUCUACCACGAACGGGUCAACACUCACGCCUCCAGCUCGGAGUUGGACUACACCCGCUACGGCGUCAAAGACGUGUCGAAGGAGCUGCUGGACCUGCAGUUGCACUCGGCGGUCCGACUCCGUUUCACCAAGUGCUUCAGCUUCUCCAGCGCACGGGCCGAGGCCGCCUAUCUCACCCAGCGAGCGCGCUUCUUCGGUGAGAACGAGGGCCUGGACGACUACAUGGAGGCCCGCGAGGGGAUGCACCUGAAGAACGUGGACUUCCGCGAACACAUCCUGGCCUUCCCGGAUCCCGCUCACCAGCCGUGGUUUUCCAGGUACAGAGUCUUCUGGCUGGCCUCGGCGUUCCUGCUGUCGUGGCCGCUGCGGGUGGUGUCCGAGUACCGCACGGCCUACGUGCACUACCACGUGGAGAAGCUGUUCGGCGAGGACGAGGAUCUCGCCGGGACGGGCCUUUGCGUCGGGGGCGGGCUGGGACUGGGCGUCGGGAGGGAAGCGGAGACCGAGAACGGAGGAGCGGGGGUGGCUCCGAACGGGUCCAGCUACAGAGCCAUCUCCCGGGUCAACACGGUGGACAUGACCGAGCUGGAGUGGCACAUCCGCUGUAACCAGCAGAUGGUCCCCAGCUACUCCGAGGCCAUCCUAAUGGACCUGGACGCGACCGGGGUGACCAACCCCGCCUCUUACACGCCCGUGUCCGUCCCCGGCUCGGAGGGCAACUGGCCUCCCCCGGCCCUGCCUGUGGCGUUCAACUCCACGUACCUCCUCCAGAGCUGCCCCCGAUGUAGACGGACCACGUCCAGCUCCAGUCUGCCCUCCCGACUGAGGGCGCCGACGGGAACGGCGGCCCUGCUCAGCGCUACUGUGGCGGGCUUGAGGGCGGCCGGGCGCGGCGGGGCGGUCGGGGGCCGCUUGGUGCUCAGCCGAAGUGGAUUCUCCUUGGGGAGGCUCGGAGGAGGGAGACGGAACAGCCUGCUGCAUUCGCGGAGCGUGGGCGGUGAGCUGGCGGGAAGUCGGGAGGACGGAGCGGGCGGCGGAGGCGCGGGCGCGGGGGGGUUCCUGGGGUUGGGAUCCAGGCAGGUGGACGAGGAGACGCGAGGUGUGCUGGAGGGAGAAGGGGGUGAGGAUGAGGAUGAGGAGGUGGAGGUAGAGGAAAGUAGAAGGGAGGGUGGGGGCGGAGAGAGGGACGAAGAACCCGCCGAGCGAGGCGCAGGCGCUGGCGCUGGCGCAGGCGCGGGCGCGGGGCAGAGGGAUCGUCCGCCUUCUUACCAGGAUGCCUUCUUCUUCCCUGUACUGAUCAUCCACGGAGAUGAGAGCUGCCACGCGGGGGACCGCCUGUGAACCCCCAAAACGCUUCGGAAUCAAUCCCCCGGCUGUGUUUGGAAUCGUUCGCUCUUUUCAACAAGUUCCUCCACAACUUACUGAACUCGUUCCAUUUGAUUUUUUUUUUUUUUUUUUUUCGUUCCGUCACUUGCAUCUCAAAUCUUCUGGAAAUUCCAUUCGACUUUUCCGUCCUCCCGUCAUCCAGCAAACGUUUUUGUGACAUGACUGGGAGAUGACAAUCAGAACUGCUUAAGUGCGCUACAGGAAAUUCUGGGGCUGAAGGUUUCUAACACUGUGACAUCAAUGCCACUUUCCUUUGCCCGUCUAUGGCAUUUUGCAUUGUGUUUCAGAAUCACGCUAGCAGACUUUUGUCAAAGUUUGGUGAAAUUCUUUUCCGUUUAGCUUGACAGGGAAAUUGAAUUUGGAGAGGCAAGAAAUAGCACAAAGUUGUUGUUGUUUUUUUUUUUUAAAUAUAGCGGACUGCAGUGUAAAUCUGCAAAGAACCGACCCCCAUCCAAAGAGUUCCGCGGUUGCCGAUAGGUGGCGAUAAAGCAAUUUUGGUUCUCUUGAACAAGGCUAUGGCCGCCCCCCCCCCCCCAAACUUGGGCCCUUCCGCCAAAGCAAUACUUUUAUAUUUGGUCCGCGCGGCUUUCGCCUGAGCACAGGGGUUAGACGUAGGGUAGUCGACGCCCCCCCCCCCCCCCCCCCGAAUUUGCUAAGGUUGGGGUCCACCGUGUCGGUUGGUCGCUUUCUACUCGUGUGUACGUACACUGGCCAACUCCCUUUUAAAAAGCACUACGAGCGAUUCCGGACACAGCCACAGUGAGGCGACGCAGAACUAUCUAUGCAAGAGCAGGAAGUCGGGAGGGGACCACAACCGGCUGGCCACUACGUCCUCGACGUACGUCGCACGGACGGAGCACAAAAGCGAGCGCCGAAAAAAAGAUCAAUUUGGUGCUGAUCCAAAUCGAGUCGAGGAGGAUGUCAAUAACUCCAAAUGUUGCGGCGGCGUCCGUUUCCAUCGGGUCGACGGAAGUCCACGCGCCACGGAAAACACACAACUCUGCAUUUGAUCAUAGAAAGACGUUAGCUGCCAAAAGGAUCCAAUCCAGAGAAGAAAGAUGACAAAACUCCCCCUCCCCUCCCCUCCUCUGCAAAAAAGAACAGAAGAAGUACGAAACCCACAAACGUUUUUUCCUUAUGAUUUGACGGAAUCCACUCCACUCUUCUAUCCGGAACCGGUUGUGUGCGUAUGCGCUCAGUCGCGCUUUCAGAUCGGAAACGGAUCCAAAACGCGAGUCGCUUCGAUCUGGCGGGUCAAAAGCGUGGCGACGCCUUCGUGUUUAGCCCCAGUCCGCAUCCGGGCCGGGAUCACGCAGUCACGUGACACGAGACCGCGGAGGGGGGGGACGUCUCGAGGCUGGAACGCCAGUCCAGUAUUUUGGUGGUUUGAGGGAGGACGGGGAACUGGUGCAAGGGGCGUUGCGGUCGCUAGAGGGCAGCAAAGUUCCGUCGUGCACUUUUGCCGAGCGCGAGGGCGCCACCCGAACCUUUUGAAUGUUCUUGAUUUCCCGCACGGGUCAAUAUUACUCCAACGAGAGCAGAGUGACGACGGCGCACGAGCGGACCGGUUUUUGGCUGUCCGAACUCUGAGCUUGAAUUCAAGGAUGCGGGAAUUCCAGCCAUGCCACGAAUGUCAUUUGUUCCGUGACCGCAAUGCAAGGAAACUUGACAUUCGUGCGUUCCCACACAUCCUGAAAUAAAUCAACACACCGUUUUGGAAUACGUCUUUUCAUUCAUUUUCAUGAUAUUGUACUUCAUAAAGGCAUACAGUAAGGAGAUAAUGCAAUGUAAUGUAAAACAACAACUUUUUGCUUCACAUCAAUGGACACAGCGCUGCUCCUUCUGACGUAUCAUCCAAAUGUAUGCAUGCGCUCAAAGCUCCGCAGUUAGUUGCAGUCAUAUUAAUCGGCAACAUCGAUGCUGUUUUGUCAGCCCCUUUUCGGGGUGUUUUUUGCAUUUUGCGUUUGUCAGCGUCCAGCUCGACGGGACUGUUUGCAAACAAAACAAUGUACACGGCGUGUAAUUUGGACACUGGAAUCAUCUUGAAAUCUCACACUUUCUUUAUGAUGAUGAUGAUGAUGAUGAUGCUGAUGAUUGGAAGUCCUCCACAAUCUGCAGAACUGCUCCUUGUCGUUCUGUUCCGUUCACUGCCAGAACAGAACCGUGCUCAUAUCUCAAAAGCCCGCAACGGCAUUUGAUUGAUUUAUUUUUAUUUCUGGGUUGAUAUCCGUCAUAAGGUAGUAGGACGACUUUGUCGUGUUACUAGUGCAGAACUACUAUGACGUCAAAUUCAGCAGUUGGCCGCGUUGUCAACAAGUUUUGAACGCAGCGACGCCAAAGCAAGUCGUUUGUCAGCUGACCAAUCAGGAGCAUAAAAGAGGGGAGGGAAGCACAGUGACGUCACUGAAGCGGCGAACGAGACUGCCACCGUGUGACCGACGCCAGUUUCGCACAUUUUCAAGACAAGGAGCAAUUCAUUCCGGGAGGGGUUUUGGAUGCAAGCAAAUUGGUUGUGAUUAUUUUUCAAUGUUCCUCGAGCAAAUUGUUGUCAGGGGUCACGUGACGCGACGGCGUCCGAAAUAAAAGUCUGC